AUGGCAAAUGCAAACCAAGGACCGCGCAUUAUUCUUGGGCUAGACUACGGUACUACGUACACAGCAUUGGCAUACGUAAAUACCAACGGCAUCACCCCGGCCUCCCCUCGCGACAUCAUCGUUUACAAGAGCUGGCCAGGAGGAGAAACACAGAAGGUCCCGUCGACCAUCUCGUACGCGGAGUGCUCCUGUGGCAAACGAUGUAAGCAAUGGGGACACAACAUCGACGACAAUUCUCUUCGUAUGCAAUGGACUAAACUCGAGCUGGAACCGCGCUCAAUAAGGAGCGAGCUUGAGGUCCUUCGCGAUUUGACCAAAGGGCUCGAUCUUCCCACCACGCUUCAUAACAAUCAGGGGGCAUUCGUGCCGCGGCAUCUGGCAAAAGAUGCAGAGGAUGUAGUGAGGGACUACCUCUACAAAAUAGCAAGACUGUGGUACCUAGAUAUCAAGGCUACGAGUACGUUUGCUUUGGACCGUAUUCCGGUGGACAUGGUGGUCACGCAUCCCGUCGGCUGGUCCUACGAGGCUAUGAAUAAAACGUUUCGUGCUAUAACUGGCGCCUUUCAGAAAGGAAUGUUCAAAACUCUACGGGACAUCUACUUUUCCACGGAACCGGAAGCGUGUGCUCUUAAUACAAUUCAAGAGCUUCUAGCGGCGGAUCACCAUUGUCUAGUCGAAGAUCUGGCAUCAUACAAAGUCGAGCAGCUGCACCCCCUGAAGCUGAAGGCCUGCGGAGGAAUCUCCGGUACGAAAUGCGGUGCGACUCAAGUCGAUCGCGCUUUUCUCAAGUGGGUACAACAAAGACUUCAGAACAGGAUUUCAGAAAGGGAUGUGACUUUGCCGGGCCCGCUUGUUCUCAAUCCCUUGGGAAUACUCCUCCUGCGGCGAUUCGAAGAUAUCAAGCGUCAAUUCGACGGCAGAAAAACCACGGACAUCAACCUCCCGAGAAACCUUCCCGGAGGCGGUACGGUCAAGGUCAAAGAACAGGUACAGACCGGAAUUCAGGACGGAACGAUCUUGCUCACAGUGGAUGAUCUCAAAGAUUUUUUUGAACCAAGCGUCGAAGGGACAGUGAAGCUGAUCAAACAACAAGUUAUAAAGAUACAGCAUCCUGCAGAUGGAAGCAUGCCUGAUCAGGUUACUAACAUAUUCCUUGCAGGAGGAUUCGCAGAGAGCCCAUACCUCUUUGAUGAAGUCGAGCGAAGAUAUGCCAGCAAAGUCGAUAUCAAGGUGUUCAGGGCUGAGGACUGUUGGAGCGGCGUAGUAAAAGGUGCUGUACUGCGUGCUGGGGAUCUCGGCAUGCGAGUAGACGUCAAGGGCACACGAUGUCCUCGACACUACGGUAUCUGCAUUUCGCGGAAACGAGAUGACCAGUUGGAUCGCAUUACGUGGGUCGUCCGUCAAGGUGACUUGAUUACCUCGGAUAGCGGUAUCAAGGCUACUCUGGUCGGCCAAUGCAGAAUUUCGAGCCUCGAUCUCUUCCAUUCAAGGCUCGCCCGUGUGGUGUUCGUAGCUACAGAUAUGGCGAACCCUCCCGCGACUCUAUCGAGAAUUGAUCAAAAAAACAACGAGGUUCACUAUAUGAACGUCGACGAUAUACCACCAGUGUCGCCUCAGCAACGGUCCUUAGACGUCGAGAUCCGGGUACUGCAAGAUGUGAAACCUUCUGGGGUAAAACCUGAGAGACGAAAGUCGUACGGCUUUGCGCUCAUCUUUGCAAUGACCACUCUGAUACAGGAUGCGUGA